AUGGGAUUGUUCUCCAAAAAGGCACCUGCCGAGGAGCAGGUGGCCGUUGAGCCGGCGCCACUAGCCGAUGAGAAGUCGCUCAGAAACACGACCGAGAAGUCUAGCGAGGAGGAUCUCGUCAGCAAAGAUGUUCAAGCCGGUGUUGCCAAGGUCGAAGCCAUCACUGCCGUCUGGACGAAACGAGACUUGAUUCUCGCGUACACCUUCAUCUGGCUCUUCUACGUCGUUACAGCUAUCCAGGAGGUUUCGAUCCGAGUCUUGACCCCCUUCGUUACGAGUACUUUCCAGCUGCACUCCUUGACGGCGGCGACGAGCAUCAUGUCGACCCUGAUCGCCGGCCUGGUCAAACUCCCUCUCGCCAAGAUCCUCGAUACCUGGGGCCGUCCCCAAGGUCUUUCCAUGAUGCUGGUGUCUUGGAUGCUCGGAUUCAUCAUGAUGGCCGCUUGCCAGAACGUCCAGACUUACGCUGCCGCCCAAGUCUUCUACGCCAUGGGAUCCCAGGGCAUCAGCUACUGCAUCACCGUUUUCAUCGCCGACACCUCGUCCCUGAAGAGCAGAGCCCUCAUGCUCUCAUUCGCCACCUCGCCGUACAUCUUCCUCACCUGGGCCGCCGGACCCAUCACCGAGAACCUGCUCAAGAAGGGAGGCAUCGGUUGGCGCUGGGGCUUGGGCAUCUGGUCGAUCGUCGCCCCGGUCGUCAUCUGCCCGCUCAUCGGCCUUUUCCUCUGGAACCAACACAAGGCCGUCAAGAGAGGCAUCAUCGAGAAGCGCGGCUCCGUGAAGAACAUCUCCCCGGCCAAGAUCAAGAAGUUCCUCAUCGACGUCGACGCCUUCGGCAUCCUCAUCCUCGCGGCCGGAAUGGCGCUGUUCCUCCUGUCGUUCAGUCUCUACUCCUACCAGUCCCAGGGAUGGCGCUCGCCCAUGAUCAUCGCCUUCGUCGUCAUCGGCUUCUGCCUGAUCGUUUCGUUCGCGCUCUGGGAGAGAUUCCUGGCACCGGUCACCUUCAUCCCCUUCUCCCUGCUCAUGGACCGCACCGUCUUCUUCGGCGGCAUGAUGUUCGUCUUCCUGUUCUUCAACUCGGCCGUCUGGGGCUCGUACUUCACCUCCAUGCUCACGGUCGUGUGGAACACCUCCGUCUCUCAGGCCACCUACAUCGGCAACAUCUACCGAACCGGUUCUUGCGGCUUUUCCAUCAUCAUCUCUAGUCUCAUCUACAAGACCGGUCGUUUCAAGCCUUUCGCCUUGUUCUUCUGCAUCCCGCUGAUGAUGCUCGGCGUCGGACUGAUGAUCAAGUUCCGUCAACCCGAUGCGAACAUCGGCUUCGUUAUCAUGACCCAAAUCUUCGUAGCCUUCGCGGGCGGCCCGGCAGUCAUCUGCGGCGAACUCGCCAUGCUCAGCCCCAGCAACCACCAGAACGUCGCCGUCAUCUUCGCCAUCCUCGACCUCUUCGGCAGCAUCGGCUCGUCCCUGGGCUCCGCCGUCUCCGCCGCCAUCUGGACCGGCACCUUCAAGAAGAACCUGCAGAAGUACAUGCCCGACGGGAGCCCCGUCGACCAGGUCUACGGCGACAUCUACACGCAGCUGGGGUACCCGGUCGGCUCCCCCGAGCGCGUCGGCAUCCAGCACGCGUACGGCGACUCGCAGCGCCUCAUGCUCAUCACGAGUGUGAGCGUGCUCGUCGGCGCGCUGAUUUCCGUGGCGUUGUGGAGAGACCUCAACCUCAAGAAGAUCAAGCAGGUCCGCGGAAACGUUGUUUAG